ACAUUCGUGCUCUGUGGAUGGUUUUCCUUCGGCUUCCUCAGCAUGGUCCGAGAAGGCGAUUCAGAUAUUCUUUUGACUUCGAUCUGAAAAGUUGUUGUCAUUAGGAGCUAAUCUUUUAACCUUUCAUCGCAAAACAAAAUCGCUAAUUAAUAUUUGCGCCCACUUUUUUGUGGGUUUCGUCAGAAGAAUCGCCGUAAAUUAGUGCAAUCGUGAGACGGAACUGUCGAAACUUUUUCGAUAGUUGGCGGUAUUGGAAAGCAUAGCAGUUAUUUGCAUCGGAACCAGGAUUCCAUUGAUUGCGCGCACUGUGAUAUAAACAAUUGUGACGAACUGUGUGGUGAAACAUACAAUACGCUAUCGAACUGUCACGUGUGAAGAGGGGACUUAUUGGCAAUUAAAUAUCGAACAGUGCUUUUUUUAACUGAUUAGAUCCGUUAAUUACAAUUUAGUUAUAAAUUAUAUGUUAGCUUAGAUUCGCAUUGUCUUGUUUUGAAAUUUAUUGAGGGGGUUUAGUUGCAAUUGUUUAGUUUCUACUUGUUAGAAAGUUUAUUUUUCUUUUUUCGAAAUAUUUUGCUUAAGUUUUGCACGCAUUUGUUUUUCGUCUGGCGCGUAUGUCAUUGCUUUCGCGUAUGUCAGCGAUCGAUCGCAUUAGUUCGUGUCUGCUCGGGAUGCUUUAAAUGUGCCUUGCAAUUUCGCAAUCGGGAAUGGAACACACGCCGGUUUCUUCGCCAACGACGGUUACGAGUGGUGUCAUAGUACAGAGUUGUGCACAGGUGGUAGAUGAUGGUGGUAGAUUACUGGCAGGGGGUGUUAGCGCUAGCGUAGGUAGUCUUUCCGAUAGCAAUCUUAGCUCGACGACAACGACGGCGGUCGCGAGUGACAAACCGAAGAUUAUCAGCUCGGCGGCCGGUUCCACAACGGCCACACCAGUCAAGGCUUCGUCCGGUGCGUUGACGACCACUUCGGCGGCUACCUCGUGUGUGCCCAGCCCAGUGCUGAGUCCGCCGCGGAAAAUCUGGGGACGCAACAACAACGGUACAAUGGUUGAAACGUCUACUCCGUCCAACGAAGCCGAGCUUCAACUGUACCGGGUGUUGCAACGAGCUAGUCUGUUGAAUUAUUACGACACGUUGCUGGAGAUGGGUGGCGACGACCUACAACAGUUAUGUGAGGCUUGCGAAGAAGAGUUUCUCGAAAUCAUGGCCCUGGUUGGAAUGGCAUCCAAGCCCCUUCACGUGCGAAGGUUACAGAAAGCGUUACAGGAAUGGGUCACAAACCCUUCCGCUUUCCAGAGUCCUCUCACAAGCAUGGACACCCCAUCCAGGUUGACCUAUAGCCCCGGUCCAGGGUCUAUAGCACGCAGUGUCGGCAGUUACCCAACAGCAUCCGCACCAACCUCCAGCUUCAUUGCGAACCCCUCAUCGAGUACAAACCUGCAGCCGUCAUCUCUUGGGCAACUAGCCACUAGCUUAACAGGCAGUAUAAGUAGCAACGUGGUCAGCCCUAUCGGAUCUACCACAGCUAAUCCACUGCAGCUAUCGCCCAGCCUUACCGAAGAUCAGGUCAUAAAGAUUAUCCAAGCAGCGGAACGACUGUCCCGAACGAUUCCCCGACAUCUGGAACCACGGCAGCAAAAUGUCAAGAAACGAACCACCCGAGACCUGGAGCAGGUGAUCGCCAUGAGCGAACACGACCCUCGUCGGAUGGAAGAGAUCCGGAAGUAUUCCGCUAUCUACGGGCGCUUCGACUGUAAACGAAGGCCUGAGAAGCCGUUGACUCUACACGAGGUGUGCGUGAACGAAGCUGCCGCCCAGAUAUGCAAAUACGUGCCGGCUCUUCUCACCCGACGAGACGAACUGUUUCCACUGGCUCGGCAGGUCGUCAAGGAAUGCGGUUUCGGUCAUUCUGCCAGUAUACGACUGACCGGUUUAUGCCAAACGCAACCCAGUCGACACGAAGAGAUGGAUACAUCGCAGCAGAUGAAACGAGCUCGCUUAUCCAGCGAUACCAGUUCCGAUCUCGGAAAGGAAAAUUCCGAUGACAAUAGGGACCUCUCGAGCGCGUCGCUGUACCAGCACAUGGCGGACAAACCGUUUGACUUAACCGAUUCAAGUAAAUUUUCAUUCACUCGAUCCGAAUUUGAUGACACAGAUUCUCGAUUUAGUUUUAGCAAUUCAAGUUCGUCACCAGUUCAAACUGGAAACGGAAUCGACCGGGAUUUGAACGAGCACGAGUUUUCCGACAACCUGAGACAAGCGGGGCGUUCGCUGUUACCGCACGACAGCUCACUGGGAGUGCAGGUCAUAUCGUCCUCCGGCGGCCACAUAAUUGCGGUGGCCAACCCUGCACUGGCCCUAAGUCCGGCGCUGAGCGAGGCCAUCACCAUCAAACGAGAGGCGAUGUCACCGGAGUUAUAACAACUGCACCGAGUAAUGAGGCAACGGAUUGUACAAAACUUCAAUGAAAGAUAGGCGUUUAAUAGGAUAUAGCUUUGGUGAGGGAUUAAGUACUAGUCUAGUAACUUUUCAAAAGUUCUAAAUUAUUUCCGUACUAAAGUUUGGCAAUUUCAAUCUAGAUUUAUUUUGGCAAUUGUGAUCAAACACGCUAAAUUUCUACAACGUAUAGACUGUUUCUUUUGGUUUUUUUUAUAUAGGAUUUGUUUUUAUUUCCUUUUUAGGUCAAAAUUUUUUCUGUUCUUGUUUUUGAAACAAAAUAUUAAACGAUAUCAAGACUGUCUUUAUUACAAGGUAAUGAUUUAAAUCAAUUUUAGUUCUUUUACUUUUUUGAUUAUAUUAAUUAAUGUAAAUAGUUACUGCUGAAAAAAACAUAGCUUUAUACACAUACCUGUGUAUAUUUCGUAGCUGUAAUACAGUUUAGUUAUUUAGUAUCAUUUGCACAAAGUUGUGUAUCAAUUUCUCAAGGUGUAUAUUCAUUCAUAAUAAAGC